AUGGAGGAGGAAAGCACUCUAGUACGAGCAGAAGAUCCAAAACACGUGGGUAGAGUCUCCAGCGAAAUCAAACCUGACUCGUACAGGCUUUACUUCAAGGGUUUGGUUAGCGAGGAAACCGUAGAGUUAUUAGCGGGAUUUGGGGUUGCGAUUUGCGACAAAGAUGAUAAUCUCUUGUUUCAGAUGAAAGAACAAGUUCAUGACUCUAGGGUUACAGUUCUAGAGGUUGAGAUUAUGGCACUGAAGCGUGGACUAACCGAAGCUGUGGGUUUAGGGAUUGAUAAUAUCUCAAUUUACAGCGAUCAUUAUCGGAUUUUUGAAUUGGUCAUGGAGAAAUCUGCUUCUGCGGAAGAGAACUUUGCCUUACUAAUGGAUAACGUUCAACACAUUAGACAACGAUUGACGUCUAGCUUUCCUGUUCUGGUGACUAGGAAUCAAAUUAAAUUUGUGUAUGAACUUGCAAUGGAAACAAUAGUUUCUGAAAUCAGCAUACAUAUACCUGAUCAUGACAAGACUUGCAGUAUAUGUUCCGAUGAUAAUUUCGAACCUGAGCUGAUGUUUUCUGUUGCUUUAUGCGGUCAUGAAUUCUGUGUUGAGUGCGUAAAACGACAUAUAGAAGUGAGGCUACUCGCGGGAGGUGUACCGAGAUGUCUUCAUUAUCAAUGCGAGUCUAAACUUACUCUUGCAAACUGCGCCAAUCUUUUGACAUCUAAACUAAAAGCAAUGUGGGAACUAAGGAUCGAAGAGGAAUCUAUUCCUGUGGAGGAGAGAGUAUAUUGCCCCAACCCUAGGUGCUCGAGUUUAAUGUCGGUAACCAAGCUCUCAAACUCAACAAGAGAAGAUGUAACUAUGAGAAGUUGUGUAAAAUGCGGUGAACCCUUUUGUAUCAACUGCAAACUUCCGUGGCAUAGCAACUUGUCGUGCAACGAUUACAAGAGCUUGGGUCCAAAUCCUACAGCAGAUGAUAUAAAGCUGAAAGCUCUAGCAAAUCAGAAAAUGUGGCGUCAAUGUGAAAAUUGCAAAAACGUAAUCGAACUAUCGGAAGGAUGCAUGCAUAUCACUUGCAGAUGUGGGCACCAAUUUUGCUACAAAUGUGGAGCCAAAUGGAUCACUGGAAGAGUAUUUUGCACUCAUUCAAGGCCGCCAUAUACUCCUUCAAUGACAUCGCAUGAAGAAGAGCUGGAGAAAUAUAUCGGUGAUCUACGUCGUGGUACUCAAGAUGAUUGA